UCAGGCCGCCUCCCUGUAGCGGAUCUCGUUUCCAAUCUGCCGUCGCUCUGAGAUCAGGAGCUCUCCUUUACCACUUUCGAUUCAGCUGUAAUGGCGUCGCUACACCAGGACCUCUCGUGUCCCGUCUGUCUGGAGAUCUUCACCGACCCAGUGGUUCUGUCCUGCGGUCACAGUUUCUGUAGGACGUGUUUACAGCAGAGCUGGACGGAGAGUUCAGGAAGAGUGUGUCCUGUCUGCAGGAGACGGUCUUCUAAAGAUCAUCCUCCUCCUAAUCUGGCUCUGAGGAACGCCUGUGAGUCCUACAAGCAGCAGAAGGGAAGCAGUGAUUCAGGUUCUCAGGGUCUGCUGUGCUCUCUGCACUUUGAGAAGCUCAGUCUGUUCUGUGUGGAUGAUCAGAAGCUGGUGUGUGGACAGUGUGUGUCUCAGGAUCAUCAGUGUCACAGUUUCUACUCCGUCAGCAAAGCUGCUGCUCCACACAAGAAAAAGAUACAUACACGUCUAACAGAGCUGGAGAAGAAGCUUCAGAUUUACCAAAAAUUUAAAGACAUCAGUGACCAAAAGGCUGCACACAUUAAGUCUCAGGCCCAGAACACAGAGAGACAGAUAAAAAAGGAGUUUGAGAAGCUUCAUGAGUUCCUCAGAAAAGAGGAGGAGGCCAGGAUUGCUGCUCUGAGAAAGGAGGAGAUGGAGAAGAGCCAGAGAAUGAAGAAGAAGAUUGAAGAACUGGACAGUCAGAUAAAAGAUAUCAGUGCUAGAAUUGCAGAAUCAGUGGUGAAGCUAAAGGAUGACGCUCUGGUUCUGCAGGACAUCCAGGGAAUGCAUGAGAGAGCUCAGUACACAAGACCGGAUCCAAAACUGGAUUCAGGAGCUCUGAUUGAUGUGGCCAAACACCUGGGGAAUCUGAGAUAUAGCGUGUUGGGGAGGAUGAAGGACCUCUGUCCUUACUUUCCAGUGAUUCUGGAUCCGAACACUGCAAACCCCUCCCUCAGUAUAUCAGCGGAUCUGAGCAGCGUCUCACCCUCACCUCUCACCCAACUUCCAGACAAUCCAGAGAGGAUGAGUGGGUAUAAUGGAGUUCUGGGUUCUGAAGGGUUCUCUUCAGGAACUCACAGCUGGGAGGUGGAGGUUGGAGACGGUGAAGUGUGGGUUGUAGGAGUGGCUGAAGAGUCCGUCAGCAGAAAAGAAUACUGUGUGGCAGUCCCAGAAAACGGGUUUUGUUGCAUAUGGAGGAGAGAAAAUGUAAUUUAUGCUGGAACUGCUGUUAAGUCUGUUGAUGAAGUUGCAAAGGCACAAACCAUCAGGACAAUCCGAGUGACAUUAAAUUGGGAGACAGGUCAGGUGAUUUUUUUCUCAAAAGAUAAGAACAAAGUCUUACACACCUUCAAACGCAGAUUCACAAUGAAAAUGUAUCCGUACUUUUAUAAUAACAGCACAAAAUCAGUGAAUUCAAUGAAGAUUCUGUCUUUCCCUUCAAAAGUCUCAAUAAAACAGUGACUAUAGGAAUUUCAUUCAUUAAUCAGUUUAAUACGUUCACAGAGUUUUUCAGGGCUGUGAUUGCAGUGUAAAAACUAACAGUGUGUUUGUCAAUGUGUCAGUCAUAUGUAUACAAUAUUCAUAAACUAGGCAUAAGUCAACACCUGGAGACUAAACCCACAACCAGAUGUCUCUCUCAAGGGUACUGAUUUAUCCUCCUCAUUACUUGCUUAUCAUUACCACCUGUUACAUGUCAUCUAUUACAUGAUGAUAAAGAGAAACUCCAUUCAUUUUCCAUUAUUUCUGCAUGUCAAUGCAGUCAAUCAUCAAAUUGUUGUAAUGUAAAGUCAUUCAGAGUGGUUUGGUGUUAAAUGGUUCACUGUAGAGACUGAGGGCGUUUUGACACUAGAGCUUUUUACCUGAGUCAGAACCGCUUUUUUACAUUUGGUGAAGAGUAAAAGCUGUUGUCGAGUCUGGGAGCGAUACACUGACCCGAUCUCUGGGUCCUCCUGAAAUCAGCGGUCUGGGAUUCGCUUUCAACAGACUCUGGUGCGCUCUGCAAUAAUGACCAGAAUCAGUCCUGGGUGCGGACUCAAGUUUUCAGGACAAAGGGUGAAAACGCCAUCAGAUUUCUUUACAGUGGUGGUGAUAGAAACCAGGGGAUCGCCAUGACUGCAACACAAUUAUAGCCAUUUUAUUUGCUAUUAAAACCAUCAGUGAAACCUACGCUAGUCUUCUGAGUGUAUAUAUGUAAUGUUGAUGAUGGGAACUAUUUUUCUGUAACACCCUGCAUGUACAAAAGAGGAAAAUAAAGCUUAAACAAAUUACGAAAG